UAUACAUAAACACUCUUCCACCCCCGUUACGUGUCAGGGCUCGCCCCUGGAAAAAAGCUGUUGCAACUGUACCUGUCGGGGGGAAACUAAAUUUUAGUUUGGCGCGUAAUCGCCAUCUUCAAUUGCCGGGGUUUUAUUUUCUUCGGCUUUUCCGACGCUCGCGCAAUAAUUCACUAUUCAUUCUCCUCCUCUCCGCUCUCUGCUGGUUGUCCUUUUGGCAAUUGCAAUUGCGACGAGUGUGUGACUAGCUCACAACACAUACCAUUGGUACAACUUCACCACAAUUAUGGCCUCGCCAUCAGACACCGGCGCAAAUGACCGGGAAAAAGGUCCGGACGUGACCCUCGCGAUCGAUGAGCAAUUAAGUCAUGCGCAAAGGCCGAAAUGCUUCAGCUCAACUCUUCAGGAAUGUCUGUUCGUUUUAACGGCCACGAUGGCGAUUGGCCAGCAAUCUUUUUUUCAGGGUUGUAUUGUGGGUGUGACGGCUUCCAUUGGCGCGGAUUUGAAUAUGAAUUCGGCGGAAAUUACUUGGAUUAAUGCCGGUGCUUCUCUCAGUAGUGGUGCUUUCCUCCUAACAUUCGGCAAACUAGCCGACAUGUUCGGCCGCAAAGUGCUCUUCAUCAUCGGCAUGGCCGGCUUCACACUUUCCCUGCUAGUAGCCGGCUUCGCCACAAAUGCCAUCUACAUGGACGUAUUCUCCGGUAUUCUGGGCCUCUUCGCUGCCGCAGUCGUACCACCAGCCGUCGGCGCAUUGGGCGCUGUAUACGAAAAGCCGUCUAAAAGAAAGAAUCGCGCCUUUGCAUGUUUCAGUGCGGGGAAUCCGCUCGGUUUCGUGGGUGGUAUGAUUAUUUCUGGUGUGGCGUCGCAUGAGUAUAAUUGGCGGGCGAGCUUUUGGGCCCUUGCGGUGGUUUAUGCGAUUUUUACUGUUUUGACGGUUUGGACGGUGCCGGCGGAUGGGUUUAAGAGGACGCCUGUUAGUAUGGAUGUGGUGAGGAGGUUUGAUCUUUUGGGGACGGGGUUGGUUAUUGUGGGAUUUGCUUUCUUUUCGAGUUCGCUUUCGUUGGCUGGUGAUGCGCCUGACGGUUGGAAGACGGGCUAUGUGCUCGCUCUUCUCAUUGUUGGUGUUGUUUUGCUCGCGGGUUUCCUGUACUGGCAAUCUAUCGCCCAAGAACCCCUGAUGCCUCUCUGGAUGUGGAAAGAUCGUAACUUCACCCUGCUUAUGGCAACUUUCUGCCUCGGCUUCAUGGGCUUUUCAGCCGUCUCAUUCUACCUCUCCCUCUACCUGCAGGAAGUCAAGCACCUCACAGCCCUCGACAUCACAGUCCGCCUCCUCCCCAUGGUCGUCAGCGGCGUACUAGUCAAUGUUAUCUGCGGCCUGAUCCUACACCGUGUCAGCAACAAGUUACUCACUGGUAUCGGUGCUCUGGCAUACACUGUCUCUUUCCUAAUCCUGAGCUUCAUGAAAGAAGACGCUAUCUACUGGGCUUAUAUCUUCCCGGCGCUGGUUCUCGUCGUGGUUGGCGCGGAUAUCCAAUUCAAUGUCACAAAUAUGUACGUGAUGUCUUCUCUCCCGCCAAAUCAGCAGUCUAUUGCCGGCGGUAUUUUCAACACUGUCAGCAAGCUCUGCAAUAAUCUGGGCCUGGGUAUUGCGACAUCUGUCAAUAGCUCGGUUGCCAGCCAGAUGACUGCUUCUACGCCGGCUAUUCGGCCUUAUCUGGCUGUUUACUGGUUCGCAGCUGCUUGUGCGGGCUUGUCCGUUUUUAUGGUGCCGUUUUUGACACUCGGUACUCAAGGUGGUGAUACGGGGCCGAAGAGUGAACAGACUGUCGUGGCUUCUGAUAAUGAUGAUGCUGGUGAGAAGAAGGCUGCUUCUGAAUCCGUCAUGGGCGCGGAGACUCGCGUUGCGACGCCAGUCAUGGAGCUUGAAAAGUCAUAACAACAGAAGCUGGGGUUGUUUAAUAUCCCGUUCUACAUUUAGAGACGGAUAGACCUGCUAUUGGUUUUACAGGAGGCGUUUGGGACUACUGAUAUUCAUAAUAGAUAUAGAAUACUUAAUUCAGCG